ACAGAAGGACUGCAGUGACGCGUGGGUACAAGGAGCGUGUGCGUACUUCGUGAUCAAGAUAUCCUCUUCCGGAACUCCAGUGCUGCUGCUUGCUUGCGGACACUAUCAUAUCGACGUCGACAUCAUUAUCGCAGCAUGCAGCUACUGCACUAGCGCAGCGCGUCAUCCUAGCAGCCGAGCUUCAUCAACGUGCGGCCCUCACAGCUCCGCACGCCAACGCACAGUUCAAUGUCCUCCGCCGACUCAGGCACGCUGAAACGGAAGCACUCGGUGUCCACCCAGCAGAAACUGUCCUUCACUGCCCAGCAGAAGCCGAAUUCAGCCGCCACCGCGCCACUCUCCCCCACGAACAAACGCACCCGCCGAGAGAGCUCCCCCCGGGAAGCCGCCACACCCGUCACCGCGAGCAUCAUGAGCACCGCCGAGAUGUACAGCUUCCCCAGCAAGCGGGCGAGCGUGCCAAACGGCAAAGAGGUCGUCGACAUGACCUCGAGUCCGGACAACAGCCCCGCGAAGCCUCGCAACGGCGUCAUUCGCAAGACGGCCCCGAACAUGGGCGCCAACACCGGCCCCAAGCGCUUGAUGGUGAAGAACUUCAGGCCGACGCGCAAGGUCGACCCCAAGGCCUUCCUCGAGCAGACAUGGCAGAAGAUCGAUGCGGCGCUGGACACCAUCUUCAAGCAGGGCGAGAUCGACUUCAGUCUGGAGGAGCUGUACCGCGGCGUCGAGAACCUCUGCCGACAGAACAUGGCGCGCGACGUCAAGGAGCGGCUCACCAAGAAGUGCAAGGAGUACGUUGGGGGUGCGCUCAAGACCAGGGUCAAAGACAGCCUGGCCCGCACCAAUGUCGACGUCUUGCGCGCCACGCUGCAGGCGUGGAGUACAUGGCACGAACAGGUGCAGUACCUCGACUGGAUCUUCUGUUACCUCGACCGCUCCUACUUGCUCCCGCGACACGAGUCCCUGCGCGAGAUCUCCAUCAGCCUGUUCCGCUCCAUCAUCUUCGAGCACGCAAAGCUCAACCCCCGCAUCGUCGACGGCGCCUGCGAUCUGGUUGCUGCCGACCGAACGGGCGGCGAUCUCGACAGCGGUAUCUUCAAGAAGACGGUGGAGAUGUUCCACGACAUGCACGUUUACACGGCGCAUUUCGAGCCGCGGCUGCUGGAGCUCAGCCAGGAAUACGUCAUGAAGUGGGCCGAUACAGAGAGCGAGCAGAAAUCACUCCCGGAGUAUGUUCGUAGCGCCCGGGCGCUGAUGGACCGUGAGAUUCAGCGCGCGGAUAUGUACCUGCUGCCAAACACAACGAAGCGCGAUCUCCUCACGCUGUUGGAGGACCACCUCAUCUCGAGGAAAGAGGAGCGACUCACCAACCAGGACGAGUUUGCAGACCUACUGGAGGCGAACUCCGUUGAGGAUCUUGAACUGCUGUACUCUCUGCUCGAGCGACGGAGACUGGGCAACAAGCUGCGGCCAGCCUUUGUGAAGUGGAUCGAUGACGAAGGCACAGCCAUUGUCUUCAACGAGAAGGAGCAGGAUAACAUGGUGAUUCAGCUCUUGACCCUCAAAAGGCAACUAGACACUUUCUGGAAGGUGUCCUUCCAUCGCAACGAUGAGAUUGGCCACGGGCUGCGCGAGUCUUUUGAGGCCUUCAUGAACAAGACCAAGAAGACCAACGCAAGUUGGGGCACAGACAACUCCAAGACGGGCGAGAUGAUCGCCAAGUAUGUAGACAUGCUGCUGCGUGGAGGCGCGAAGGCUAUUCCUGCACAGCUCAGUCGAAGGACGUCGAUCAAAGUGCAAGUGGCAGAGGCGGAAGAAGACAACGAGGAGACAAUCUAUGACGAGGACACCGAGGUCAACAGUCAGCUGGAUCAAGUACUGGAUCUCUUCCGAUUUGUGCACGGGAAAGCAGUCUUUGAGGCCUUCUACAAGAAGGAUUUGGCAAGACGUCUGCUGAUGGGCAGGAGUGCUAGUGCAGAUGCCGAGAGGAGUAUGCUGUCAAGACUCAAGACAGAGUGCGGUGCAGGCUUCACCGCCAACCUCGAGCAAAUGUUCCGCGACAUCGAGCUCUCGCGCGAAGAGCUGUCUGCCUACAAGAUGAUCUGCGAAGAGCGCGGCCAAAAGCAAAGCGUCGACCUCAACGUCAACAUCCUGUCCGCCGCCUCCUGGCCCGCCUACCCCACCGUCCCCGUCAUCAUCCCGCCGCAGAUCAAGACCGCCAUCGACAACUUCGAGGCACACUACAAAUCCAAGCACUCGGGCCGCAAGCUCGAACUCAAACACUCCCUCGCCCACUGCCAGCUCAAAGCCGCCUUCCCAAAGGGCAACAAGGAACUCGUCGUCUCCUCGUUCCAAGCCAUCGUGCUGCUGCUCUUCAACAACAAACCCCUGGACGAACACAUCGACUACGCCACCCUGCAAACCGCCACCGGUCUACCCCCCGCAGAACUAAACCGCACCCUCCAAUCCCUCGCCUGCGCCAAACUGCGCCCGCUAACCAAACACCCCAAAUCCCGCGACAUCUCCGCCACAGACACAUUCACCCUCAACGCCUCCUUCACCACCCCACAGUACCGCAUAAAAAUCAACACCGUACAACUCCGCGAAACGCCCGCCGAGAACAAAGAAACCCACGAGCGCAUCGCGGCGGACCGGAACUACGAGACGCAAGCCGCGAUUGUGCGGAUCCUGAAGGCGCGGAAGAGGAUUAGUCAUGCGGAGCUUGUGGCGGAGACGAUUAAGGCGACGAGGACGAGGGGCACGUUGGAGGUGGGUGGGAUUAAGCGGAAUAUUGAGAGACUGAUUGAGAAGGAGUUUUUGGAGCGGGAGGAGGAUGGGUUGUAUGCGUAUAUUGCGUAGACGUAGGAGAGGGGUGUGAGAACGGAGGGGCCGCGAAAUGAACGAGUUCCGAAUUGAAACAGGCACUUGAAG